CGGCGGUGCGUGACGUAGGAGGAAGAAGACGCCAUUAGGGGGAGCGGGUCCGUCGGCCGCGGGGAGCGGUGUGGUUCUCGGCGGCGUUCCCCCUCCGCCGGUCUCCCUUCCGCUUCCCCCCGACACCCCGCCGCGGGUCCCCGUCCCGGAGGGUGGCGGGCGGCGGCGGCAGCGCCCCGCGGGCGCGGCGCGGCCCGUUGAUGUGAGGCAGCAUCCCGGUGGGGCGCGGAUGGCGGCGGGGGCCGGCGCGGCGGCCGGCGGCCGCAGCUUUUCCUUCAAAGUGGUGCUGCUCGGGGAGGGCUGCGUGGGGAAAACCUCCCUGGUGCUGCGCUACUGCGAGAACAAGUUCAACGACAAGCACAUAACCACCCUGCAGGCAUCUUUUCUUACAAAGAAGCUAAAUAUUGGUGGGAAGAGAGUAAACCUUGCAAUAUGGGAUACAGCUGGUCAGGAAAGAUUUCAUGCAUUGGGGCCGAUCUACUACAGGGAUUCUAAUGGCGCUAUUCUAGUAUAUGAUAUAACAGAUGAAGACUCUUUUCAAAAGGUAAAAAACUGGGUUAAGGAAUUAAGGAAAAUGUUGGGAAAUGAAAUCUGUUUAUGUAUAGUAGGUAACAAAAUAGACUUGGAAAAAGAGAGACAUGUUUCAGUGCAAGAAGCAGAAACGUAUGCUGAAUCUGUUGGAGCAAAACAUUAUCAUACUUCAGCUAAACAGAACAAAGGAAUCGAAGAACUGUUUCUUGACCUGUGUAAAAGAAUGAUAGAAACUGCUCAAGUGGAUGAAAGAGCAAGAGGCAAUGGUUCCAGUCAGUCAGGAAUAGCAAGGCGAGGUGUACAGAUCAUUGAUGAUGAGCCACAAGUACAGAGCAGUGGAGGGUGCUGUUCUUCUGGAUAAUUAUAAAACUGUGCAUCACUGCCCUCUCAAUCUGAAGACUGCCAUAUUCCAAGUCACGCAUUCUUUACCAAUGGAGUAAUAGAAUUAACAGUAUUUAAAAAUAAUCACAUGUAACACUGCAGAGACCUUAAGUGCUAAACUAGUGGCGUCUGUGACCAGAGAAUUGGCAUUUUCUACAGUGGUUAACAAAGCAAUUACCAAUGGCCUUUUUACAUAUUUUUCUUUAAUAAGGAAUAAUAUGCAUGUAGAAAAGACCUACUUAAAGGCUUCAUUUAUAUUCUUUUAAAUCAGAUCAUUAUUUAAUAACUUAUAUACGUUGUUGUUGGAAUGGUAUACGUUUUUGCAGCUCUUUGUAUUUUGUGGUAGAUUGAAUUGUAUCACUUCUAAAAUGCAAAUUGAUUUUUUUUUUUUUUUUUUUAAUUAGCAGAUAUCCGAAGUAAUAUUUUUUGCAGGGCCUCCACAAGCCUUAUAACUGUCAACUACUUUGAUAUAUUCUGUUCAUCCUGUAUGCCAAGCUGGUAAAAUACAUUGUAAAUUACAUAUUAAAUACUUUAUCUGCUUUUACAAUUGCAGGUGCAGAAAUAUGUACAUCAGUCUUGUCAGUGAUUGUGAAGUGAGUAAGUCAGUGGAAGAUACAAGCUUUUCAUGUGUACUGUUGAAUUGCUCAUUCUGUUCCCCAUACCUGAAAAAGCUUUUUUUGGGACAUUCGUAGCUACAGCGUAUUUUUUUUUGAGCUGUUUCUGGCAAGCAACAGUAUUUAGAGUAUCCCCUUAGUGGGAAGAGAAUGCUUCCUUAGACUGCUGUUUAACAUUGAGGUGUUUGACUCCCAGCUAAAACAGUUGGCGCAUGCAUAUAUCUUGCCUCUGCAGUUACUUUGGCCUCUCAGAAUAUUUCCAGAAAGUGAAAGCAACUUCAGCCCUCACCUGUCUGGUAGCCAGAAACCCAGAUGCACAAGAAACUUAAGCUGCGUUAAUACAUUUGUGUCCCAAGACAGCAUUAUAAACUAUUAAUAAGCAUUUUUUUUUUUACCCCUGUAUUGCAGGGCUUGAGUGAACAAAUGAAUUUGCGUUAACUAGAACUGCUUCUGAUUUGGAGUGAUUAAAUGGAAGCUAUGAAACUUGCCAGCUGUAAUUGUAACUUUGGGGAUACUAGACAGAACUGAACUUACUCCUGACUUGCUCUUUCUCUUGUAAAGCGUUUUGAAGCCUACUUAAGUUUGGGGAGGAGAGUUUUCAGAAAAAGUGUAUAAACUACUAUCACAAAGGAACAGAAAUGGUGGUAGCUGAAACUUCAACAUGUUUUGUGCUCUGACUUUUUUUUACUUAAGUUGUCAUGCUUGGAAAAACAGUAAAGGUGAUGUCUAUGACAAAAUAGAAUAUUCCUUGGCCUUCCUUUUUCUGAAGGGUAGAAUUAGUAUUGCAUAUGAAUGCAUUGAAUGGUGUGGUAUGCACAAAAGGAAUAGUAGUAACUAAUCAGACUGUGUAAGAAGUGUGCUGUCUUCAGUCUGACUUUUUAUUUUCUCUGAAAUAAUAGAUGGCUUUGAUACAGACUGGUCCUGGUACAUUUUUUCCUUUUCUGCUUAAACUGUGGUGUAGAUACUUUCUCUUAAGUUACCGUUGCUGUGAUCUGAUGUGAUUGUGUGGAUGAUGGACAAAGGUGAUCUGUCCAUGCUAGUGAAGAUAGUUUCUUGAUUGCAUAGAGCUUUGGUGUGAAUCUAAAAUUCAUGAUUAAAUGUGUCUAUAUAUAUAGCAAACCCAUUACAUUAACAUUCUGAUAUUAUAUUGAACUUAACAGUGAGCCUUGCCAAAUUUGAAAAAUGGGUCAGUUUGAUCUAAAACCAGUACCUUCAAAUCCAUACAGUUAGAUGAAAACCAGUCUUCUAAGUGAUAAUAUUGAUAUGGUGAUUGAAAUCGGCAAGACUUUAUGUUCAAGACUGGAAUCUCCUCAUAAAAGGAGUCCUAGAUUCUUUGAUUCAAAUCAAAUUUUUUCCAGAGAUGGAAAAAAACAACCAAACAACCGAACCUAAACUAGUCUUGAUAAACAGAUGAGUCAUGGGGGCUUACCUACACCAGAGCAUAUGUGUUUUCAAGAGCAGAGCUUUCUCCAUUGAAGUGGACAGAUGCAAUUCUGUUCUGGAAAUUAGUACUAGGUGUUUACCCAAGAGAAUGUUAUGUUUGACUGCUUUGAAACAGAAGCAGUGUGUAGAAUAUAUCUCUUUGCCUGCAGCUAAAGAGUUUUUCUUUAGUGUAUUCUGUGGUAGGGGUGUUCUGUGUGACUUGAUUACAAAACUAACAAAGCCAUGUUGAUACUAACUCUUGAGUCUCUUUCAAAACUAAAACUAUUACUACUGAUGACUUUGGGGUAAGGAAACUUACAAUUUUGUACAACCAAAAGGUUCUGGUUGCUAUUAGCAAAAUACUUCCUAAAAUAAAAUCUGAGAAGUUACGUUUCUUGCAUAAGCUACAGCAUGAAGAAUACUCUCUGGAAACCUGCCAGUCUAAGCUGCAGCUUGGUUGGACUUGAUUUAUGGAACUUAAAACCUGUGCUUAGCAGAGUAUCAUUGUAUUACCUUACAAAAGUAGUAUAGUGUCGUGAAGUCAGGGAAGUUGGUUUCCAAGACCAAAGCAAAACCAUUAUGAAUUGUUUAGACUGAUUAACAUAAGACUUCAACUUUUUAUUAUUAGCAGACAAAACAGUUCCAGGAAAAAAGCAGCUUUAUUGAAGUUAUAUAGAGUGUUCUUUGCAUUAAAUAUAUAGGAAGGCACAGAUAGCUUGUUUUUUCUAUAUUUGAGCAGGAUCUUACUCAAGUAACUUGGUAUUACUACUUUAUGGCUUUCUCAAGAGUCUUGCAUUUGCUGCAGUCUAUCCAGAUUGCCUGGUUUGUGUAUCUUAAGGAAAACUGUUUUUUUUCUUGUGAACUUCUGUUGCUGAAAACAAAUAAGCUGUUUUUCAUUGUUCUGAGAAGAGUGCAAGAGAACAACUGUGUUUAGAAAGUACUUCUAUUGCGAGAUAAAUAGAAUCACCUGGAUGUCUUAUGUGAUGCAGAAGGUAACAUUGAGCACGCUUCCCCAGAGUAAAUUUUGACAAAGAUUAUACUAUAAUAAAAAAGGUCUAACUUACUACAAAUACCUUUCUAAAACAACUUUAAGUAUUUGCUCACAGUCUUGGUGCUGCUGCUAUGAAUACUUGACCUACCUAUGAAACUUGAUCACUUGCUGAAAUAAAAUCUAACAAAAUGAAGUCCAAAUGCUUUAAUGCAGCAGUACGCAUCUCCUAAUAGGAGUUAUUUAUGGACACUGCUUUACUGCACCUAGACUAUAGUUCAGCAAUUAUAAAAGACCAGAUAGAAGGAUUCAAACAAGGACACUAAUAAGUUCAGAUGUGUAGUACUUGGAGAUGAGUGUAUCUAUCUGUAAAGAUUGGAGGUGAUGAAUUCAUCUGGUUUGCAGUGAACUUGCAUAUGGUUCCAAGAUGGGGACAUCCACUGUCCAGAUGAACUGUAUUGGCUGGUCUUUUGAAGCAGUCAAGUAAUUGAGUGUUGCCUUGAUUACAUGCUUUUCUUCUGUGUUCACACCUUGUGGACAAAUGUUCUUGCAUUAAAAUGUAUCCCUUAGCCCUUUUUAUCUUGCCACUUUUAUUCAAUGUGUUUAACUAGUAUCUCUGCUUACAGCUCUUGAAGAACCUAGUAACUCAAUUUCUAAUUUAGAUUCCAAGCCAGAUGAAAAAAAGCUUUGCAAAAAGGUAUGAGGUCAUGGAAGGUGGUUGGAGCUCAAAUGGAGUUCUCUGACAAUGUUGGAUGCUGUCAGAAAAAAUGGUUUAAAGAAUGUAAGAGGAAUGGGACACCUGCUCGAGGACAAAUGGAGGUCAGGAAUCUCAGCAAGCUGAAGGCAAUUAAGUGGUAUAAAUGAUAGAGUGGGGGAAUAAGAGCUGAAGCCAGUCACCUCUGUUUUUCUGCUUUUUGUGGAAGGAAAAUGAGAAGUAGAAAGAAAAAGGCAAGUAGGAAGAACUGAAUGUGCUGGUAAAACUGAAUGUGCUGGUAGUGGGCUGCUGAGUGAGGUACUGAGUUAACCAUUUCUUGGUGGCAUUGCUAGCAUGUUCUCUCAGCAAUGGUAGUUGUCUAAUUGAAGACUUUACCAAGACGACUUCCUAGGUUGUUUUUACUUACGUGAAACACCACUUCUGCUUCACUAGGGAGGAUAUAACUAACUUCCAAUAGGCUUUCAGACACAGUACUAACCUACUUAAAACUUGAUUAGAAUAUUCUAAUUUGAGCUAUUUACAGUUAACGGACUUGGUUAAUCUUAGUUUGCAUCAAAGCUGAGGAACUUUUUUCCUAGCAAGUCAGGAAGUACAUCUAGCAGUGAGGGUAACUUUUAUUACAGCUGUGUCAAGGAAUUGCAGAUGAAGACUGAGAUCCUUGGCAUUAGUUACUGCACAAGCUCAACAAAGCCCCAAAACUAGCUCUCAACUGUGCUGGGCAUUUGCUCCUGCUAGUCUUUGGGGGGAUUCUGCUCAACACUGGGACAAACUUGUGCAUCUUGGUGAUGUAGGCCUCUAAUGAAUUCAUGCUUUUUCUAUCAAAUAAUAACCAUGUACUCUGUUCCCUAUUGCAUUUUUGGAGCUGUCAUUGGCCACUGUAUCGAGCAGAAUGAGGUGGAAAAACUGAUUUGAGAGUUGUGGAGAAUCUGGAAUGUUUCUUGGCUUCAGAUGGCUUGAAAAGUGAGAAUCUAUGAAACUGUCACCAUUAUGACAAAGGUAUUAGUCUGUCCAAGAUAACUGAAAAUAUUUUGGCUUGGAGAAAGUUUUAUUGUGGUCUGAAUAAAAAGAUAAAUUGCUCUACUUCCAAAAUCAAAAUUUAGUUCAAUACCAGGAUGUUGAAAGAUAGACUGCAAAAAUAAUUGUUUCCAUCUAUUCCACUGCUUUGUGCACUUGGGCAAGCAGCAUGACCCGAUGCAGCUGCAGAGUGAGUGUGAAAAGAGGGCCUCUGUCCCUCUCUUCCUGCUUGUUGGCUGCACUGAUCCUCAAUGCUAAUUAAUUACUACUACAGGAAACUUUCUGUGCUGGAGAUUCCCCAUACAAGAAAGGAAACAUAUAUGUUCCCUGCUUGCUUCUCUAGCUUUUCUACACAAUGAUUAGUACAGCAGUAAUACCCCGUUCCCCUCAGUUUGAGAACAUUGUUUUUUCUUAAGAGGAGCUUAUUUCUUGACAAGUCUUUUUUCGGUGUAUCUAAUCUCACUGAUCUCUUCCAAGGUGCUUUAAUACUUCACUGUAGGUCACCCAGAAGCAAUGCAAUUUGAAAAUGUGACAAUGAAAGAUAAUGGGUAGCAGUAUUGCAACAAUUUUCCCCAGCAAUUAUUCAUAUCCUGCCUCCAAACCAGUGAAGGGAGAAUAUUGGAAGUUUAAUGGUGAGUCCUUGCUACCUCUGGUACCUGACUCCUGAUUCUAGGAUAUUGGAUUUGGUUUAGAAGAAAUCCAAAUCGAGAGGAUUGGAGAGAGCAAGGACUACUUUCUGAUCUGUUGCCAAGUAGUUGAUAUCCUGUGAUGCCUCCAAACUCAUGUAAUAGAUCUCUUUCAAGCUGUUGAAGAAGAGCCUGCAGUUUAACAGUUUCAAGUUAACCACUCCAUUCUGAAAGGUCAACAAAUUUGGGACUCACAGUGGAAGAGAACAAGGAGUUUCUCUUUUUCAGAACAGGAAACUUAAGAAAGUGCCUAAUCAGGCUUUUCUUAAUGCAAACAUAAGAGGAAAGCAAUUGAUACCUAAAGAUUUAAGUGCUGUCAGUGCUAUUUGAUCAUACAGGCAUUAUAAUGAUUGUCUUACUGGAUUUUUCUCAUCAGAUAAACUCAUUGAGCUUAUCAGGCUCAAUCAACAAGAAUACUUUUCUUUGAAACAAGAGAAGAUGUUAGCAGGGCAAAAGCCAACACUGAAAAGGACAUAGCAUUUUUAAUAUCGGUUAACUUGACAUUGUCAAAUGUAGGAAUUUUCUAUUUGGCAUUUAUGGAUAAAUGAAAUUUGGGACAGAAAAAAAAAAAAAGGUUUGUGAAGCCUUUGCUAAAUACUUAAGUUUCCCAGUGCAUUGCUGCUGCUGGCGUUUUAAAAUACACCUUAGAGUAUUUUAUAUACCAGUGCAUUUGCAUGAGAUAGUUCUGUGAAAAAUUAAUUCCAAAUGAUAAUUAAUUAGGGAAACAAGAACUUCUUUGGCAUGACUUAUUCUAUCAGUGCUUAAUAUUAAGAGUGAAAAUGCAUGUAAGUGGAAAUGGAUCAAUAGAAAGGGGGAAAAAAGUGUACUGAAAACCAAUAAAAGAAAACAGAGCUGGAAGUUCUUGUAUCAAUUUUCAGAUAUGACGGUAACGUCUUACAUUUUAGUAAGUCAUAGAAUUUGUAACUUGAUGAACAGUCUGUAAUAAAGUGUCCCUGAAAAUUAUUGGAGGUUUGGGGCAGUGGCCUGGCUUACUGCAGUCUCAGCUUUUACCAAAUAUCAUUGUACGUUACAAAUACAAUAACAAGCUUCUGAACCCAUCUGAGUAUGAUGUGAUGAAAGAUGGGUUUAAGAUGCAAAACCAGGCUCAGUGAGGUUGCUCUACAUUAUGCGAGCAUAUACCCCAGACUGUAAUGUGAGCAGGGACCCAUCAAAAUGCAGCUUUGAUUCUAUAAAACUGGUCUUUGGCAGCCCAGAACAGUUCAUGAGGAAGAAGCAGUUGCUGUUGAACCACGUUUGCCAGUUUAAUGAUAGCCUGCAGCACACAGCCUGUAUGCGAAGGGAGCAACAAAAACAAGUCAGACAUGGAAUCAAGGCUCAAGGUUCUGGGAAUUCUCCACCAAUUAUGUGUUUGUAUCCUACUGGUGUCCUAACUCCACAGUGAAUGUUUGUGCGUACUUCUUUAGUGAAAAAUGGGGUUCAGCUGAUGCUGUGGAUUUGUACUGAAUGGACACUGAGUGAAAACAGCAAGCAACAGAAAGAGCAGAGCAAGGUAAGAGGAGUUCACGCAGUUCCUGCUUUUACUGUUCUUAGAUAUUUCACUUGCAUUUUUAAAAAAGUUAGUAUCUAUAGCCUACUAUCUGUGUCAGAAAGUGUAGUUUCUAUUUGGUGAGAAUUUUUUGGUCAAGAAAGUAGUAUCUUAAGAGCUUUUUAUAGUAAAUACAGCUCCUACACAGGUUUAGUCUUUCCAAAGUUUGUCACCAUCUCAUUAAAGGAACUAUAUUAAAUGUUGAAGAGCAAGUGUGCUGCCUGUAGUUACACCCUGCAAUCGGAGUCCUAUGGUGAAUGUUUCAAAUAUCAAGAAGCAGCAAAGUACCAAAUGCACCUCUGCCUGUCUAAUCCCACUGUUUUGUGACGUGUACUAAUUACAAAGCCAUCCUCAACUGUAAGAUGUGCCCAUAGUGGUUAGAGAAGUCGGUUUGAGGCUUAAAAUGACAUGAAAGUGUACUUUGAUUGGAGCCUUCAAGGAAUCUUGACCAUCCUUUCAAUAUGUGAAUUUUUGGCACCAUGGGACACAGUUUAUUUUUCAGGGACUUGGGGGUUUCUGCUUAUAUGGGAAACAGAACGAUCUCUGAAGUAGAUUAUGAUGGCAAGUAAAGAGAAGGAAGGAAGUAUUGUGUUAGCGACCUAGACCCAUCCUUAGCACUGCUUUUUGAACGGCUGGGAUGAAAUACAGCAUUGACUACCCCCACCCUAGAACAAUUCUUUCAUUAGUUUCCUGCUCUUUCCAGGAAAUGUUGCUUGUUGGUGGUGUUGUAAUGCAUAUGUAGAAGUGAUGGGGUUACUACUAUUUGCCUUUGCUUUCUGCAUUCCUUGCUCUGGCAAUACUAGUCUGUGCCAAUCGGCAAACAACAGAUCAGUUUCUGUUUAGUCAUCACUCUCGGAUAGCUUCCAGCUAGUCUCAGUAGAGGCUGAUGCAAUCAUGAAUCUCUCCUUGCAUGACAAAUGCAGAGCAUUUCAUGUCGGUAUCUCUCUGCUUCUUUUAUAUUUGAAAAAAGCUUCUUGUCCUGCUGAGAGAACAAAGCUAUUGUAAAUUUGUGAUCAGUUGUACCAAUUGUAAUGUUUUCUUAUGAGAAAUCUUGUAUGUUUUGGGUUGUUUCAUAUUCUGAAAUUCUAUUAAUACUUGAUAAAAAGUACCAGGUUCACAGACAGGAACUCACGGCUGUGGGUAUGGAUAUACAAAAUGUGACAUAGUACAAAUACUUGAAGCAAGCUCAUCGUCCAGUGUACUGCCUUCAUGUCUUGUUACAUCUCCAUGCCUUCACACUCUAAAUACAAAUAAAUGCUGCUGGGGAAUGGGUUUUCCUUCAUUUUAA